GGGAUUUUCUAAAUUCAGAAACUAGCCCUGCGUUCCAAACGGGAUAAAUCUCCCUCCGAAGGGCACUUUGAGAUGCUAUAAGAUCGCUUCAAACUGAAUAUCCAAUAAAAAUGACUUCGUGAGUUCCGAAUGACCUUUAUUUUUAGAGCCCAACACCUUUUAUCUUUCCAAGCUCUCACAGUGGAUUGAUCACUUCUGAAUGGAAUGCCCAUUUGAUGUUUACCUUUAAUUGUAAUUACAUUGUUAAUUUUAAUAAACAAUAAUUAUUUAUAUUAGUAUAGUUUAGUAAGCCCGAUGUUUUUAGCCAUGACCACACAAUUAUGUAUACGGCGAACCGUGUGCAUUCAGUUACUUUUAUUUUGAAAUGGUCAUAAAAAAAAGAAAAAAAAAAAAAAAGGAAGUACUUUGCGCAUAGCGCAACUUGUCAAGGGAGUUUGCAUACCCGACGAUAAAUUACAGAAGCUUGUUUUGGCUUCUCCUAAGGAACAGUUGCCAUCGACGACUUGUAAUGCAGCCACAAAUAUGCUUAGUAAGAUGUUCUGACUGCAUCUUUUCAAACGAGAUUAUAGGAGUUGGACAGCCUGCCUUUGGGCAAGGCUAAUGUCUUGUGAAUUUGUCUGAAACGGCAUUUUGAACCAUCUAUCGCACACAACUUCAGUUAGUUUACUGUACAUCUCCUAACUUGGGUCACUAUGUCUAUGUAUAAGCUUUUUCAAAGUCAAACGACUCUGAUCAUCUCAUUACUGGCGGACACGACGAAGCAGGAGAUACACAAAGCUUUUAUAAGCAACUUGUUUGAAUCGUCUAACCAUCUCACCAUGAAACCAAACGACACUCAAACCCAGCUGCUGAAUUCCAUAAUGGAGAAGUUUGCCAAAGAAGCAUCAUGGAAGAUUUGCAGUCUCUUCAGAUAUUGUACGGCCGUUCCACCAGUUCAAGCACAAAUGUGUUUGAAUAAUCAAGAUGAUCUGAGGACGACUUCAUGUCAGAUGGGACAUGAUCUGGAUGGAAAAACAUAUUUCUAUAACCAAGAGUUUCAAGAUGGUGUAUCUGUCUCUGUGAGUCCUAUGAAGGCAACGGCUAAAUUACCAGCUGCAACUUCUCACCUGCAACACUCAAGCACAGAGCUUGCACAGGAGAGUAAUGCAAGGCUUUUGGUGGAGUACAGAGCAGAAGAACCCAUCCAGACAGUAUUCAUCAGUGAUGCUUUUGAUGACAGGAGCUGGUCUGAAAAUCAGGAGUUACCGUUGCAGACAUCAACAGAGCAGCCUGAAAUUGCUCAAGAGAAAGAGUCUUUUGAAUGUGAGCAGUGUGGAAAGACCUUUCCAAAGAUGCUGUCGCUUCUGCAGCACAAACGCGUGCAUUCAAUCGUCAGGCCACACAGUUGUGAAAAGUGCGGGAAGAAGUUCACGAUGUUAAGAGCACUAGAAAAUCAUCUCCGCAAACAUACGCAGACCAUCGAGAAGAAGAAAUUUCCCUGCAGUAAAUGCGGAAAGAGCUUUCGAGAUCUUGCAACGCACGAACUGGUUCAUGCGGAAGUCAAGCCAUUCACUUGUGACAUAUGUGGACAAGGAUUUACAGUCAAAAGAAGUUUAUACAUGCACCAAAGGGUGCACACGGGCGAAAAGCCAUACAAAUGUGAUACUUGCGGAAAAUGUUUCUCUCUCAUAGGCACCCUGAACUACCACAAGAGAAUUCAUUCAAAUGACAGGCCAAUAAAAUGCAGCCACUGCAAUAAGAGCUUCAAGUACCACAAACUUUUAAAACAUCACCUCCGUGUGCACACAGGAGAGAAGCCACACAAAUGUGAAAUCUGUGGCAAAAGUUUUGCGCUUUCCGGGACCCUCAAACGGCACAUUCUCACUCACACCGGUGAUAAGCCGUAUGUCUGUGAAGUUUGUGGAAGAAGAUUCAAUCAGAGAAGUAUUCUCAAUGGCCAUAUGCAAGUACAUGGAGAGAAGCGAUUUAUGUGUGAAGUCUGUGGGAAAACGUUCCAGUAUAAUUAUAUCCUGAGAAAUCACAUUCUAACACACAAUCAGAUUGGAAAUUCAGGACAUAAGAGCAAUGCUCGGCGCUGUGAUGUGUGUGGGAAGUUACUAAGCUCUGCAUAUGCGUUGAAAACGCAUAUGCAGCUGCAUUCAGAUAACAGCAAACCCUUUCCUUGCAAGUUAUGCGAGAAGAGGUACAGCAGUGUGCAUUCCCUUCGGAUGCAUGAGCAGUUUCAUAAAGGAGAGAAACCUUUCAAGUGUGAGCUCUGUGGUAAGGCCUUUUCACUGAGGGCUUCUUAUAAAACCCAUAUAUUUUGCCAUUCGGGAGAAAGACCUCACAACUGCAUAUUAUGUGGGAAAGGAUUCAAGUUGUCAAGCUCUCUGAAAAUGCAUUUUCGCACUCAUACUGGUGAAAAACCUCACAAGUGUGAAACAUGUGGGAAGGCCUUUCAUCUAUCUGCGAAUCUGAAAAGACACAAGCUUGUGCACACCGGGGAAAAACCAUUUACCUGUGGCUUUUGUUUCAAGAGUUUCACACAACCAAACAAUUUGAAGGCGCACAUGCAUAUUCAUACUGGCAAAAAGCCAUACACAUGCUCCAAGUGUUGGAAAAGUUUUGCCUAUCAAAGAAAUUACAAAAGCCACAAAUGUGCACCUGUUUUAGAGAAUUUUCAGCCCACUGAACUCCAUGAAAACAUUAAGGUUGUAAUAUCACCCUAACUUGUAUAUAGUUUUUAAAUGUUUGGCAACUUUGGGACAAUAUUGCAUCCAUUUUCUUUUCUUAUGAUUGUGAAAUCAGUAAGUGAUUGCAAGUGUGUCUCUGGGACUUAAAAAUACAGAUGAUCUUUAUACCCAAGAGGGGGGGAAAUUAUAAUAAUAAUAAAUAUAUAUAUUAUAUAAUAUAAAUAUAUUUAAAUGGAGUGAAGUCUGCCUAAAAGUCUAUUGUUCAUGAAGGAUUUUUUGUGUGUGUGUGUAGAAGUCAAUAAAGUUCUGGUCUGUAUAUUUAUUUAUGUGUUUAAAAUAAAUUUGAAGUUUUCCUUGUUAUUUUCUAGGAUUGGUCUGUUUUACUUUGUCCACAAAGCCUUUCAUGUUCUGGAACGUUACAUGUAGUUGUCUUGUUUGUGUUUGGGUCAGGUUUUUGCCUACAUUGUGGGGACCAGCCAAAGGUCCCCAUGAGAAAAAUGGAUACCAUAUAACAUAUAUGGAAAUCAUGGAAAUGUAAAACUGCAGAACAAUUUGUGUAAGGGUAUAAGGUUUAUAUGGUAGGGGUGUAGUUAGGGGAUUGAAAAUGCCAUAUUAUUUAACAAAGGAAUAGGUCAACAUUUAUUCACCCUCAUGUCGUUCCAAACCUGUAUGGCUCACUUUCUUCCAUGGAACACAAAAGGAGAUGUUAGGCAAAAUUUAAGCUUUGGUCACCAUUCACUUUCAUUGUAUGAAAGAAAGAUGCAAUUAAAGAGAAAAGGGGCUGUCAGUUCCUAAAAUUCUUCAUCUUUUUGUGUUCCAAAAAAGAAAGUAAUACGGGUUUGAAACAACCAGAAUCCCUCCACCAAAGGGGAGCCUUCAAGGUUAGCAAAACAAAGCGUAAAGCGGCAGUACACUGGAGAUGAUACCAGAUGCCAGAGAUGCUUUAGUGCGCUGAAUAAACUGCUUUUGUGAGAAAAUAGAUUAUCACUUAAUGAACUGACUGCUUGUCCGCUAAUCUUCAACAUGUUUUACACUAAAUAGUCCUUUUUGAUUGAACUGUGUGUGGAGUUUACUACAAUACAAUUGCUGUUUUAUAAGAGAAGUCAUGUACAAUUUGCAAUAGGUGGAUGUUUUAUGGCUCUCCCCAUUCAUUUGUAUGGUAUCUGCAAAUUUUGACUUACUUCCUAACAUGCUAGUUGAUUGUUACGCUCUCUCCUAUGGUAGAGCCACGGAGAAAACAAUGUGGGGGUGCUUACCUGAUGCUAAUUUUCAUUUUUGAGUGAACUAUCCUUUUAAAGAAAUAGUUUUCCCAAAAUGAAAAUUCUCUCAUCAUUUACUCACCUUCAUGCUAUCACAGAUGUGUAUGACUCACUUUCUUCUGCUGAACACAAAUUAAGAUUUUUUGAA